AUGCCUUAAAUAUUCGUGCCUCUAAUCAUCACAGUUGUUGGCACAUCACUUGAUUUCGGUGCGACUUGCAGGACUUAUUCAAGAAAGAAGAAAACUUUUGAAAAAAUCAGCGAAAGCCUCAUUCAGCAACUUAUUUUACCAUCAUAACUCGGUGACGAUGCAGCUGACUGUAAAACUGCUUGGCGGUGAUGUGAAGCGCCUGGAAGUGAGCGGUGAUGCUACCGUUGGAAUACUCAAACAGGUUAUCUCUCAGUACUUCAACGUGCCCACUUUUAAGCAGAAGCUGUCGGCCGAAAACGGUCAGCGGAUCAGCCUGGAGGAUGAAUCCCGGACCCUCAGCAGCUACGGGCUGAACUCCGACUCGGUGGUGAUGCUCCUCAUCACAACUAAUCCCGGAACUUUCCAGGUGUUCGUCAAGAACGAGAAGGGCCAGGUCAAAACUUAUGAUGUGGACGCCAACGAGACCGUCGAUCAGCUCCAGACCAAGAUCUACCAGAAAGAGAGAGUGCCGAAGGACCAGCAGAGACUGAUUUUCAAAGGCAGACAGCUCGAGUCUGGCAUGAAGUUGCAGGACUAUGACAUCACCUCAUUGAGCACCAUUCACAUGACUCUCCGUCUACGAGGAGGAUAAUGAUGCAGUAGGAAUGCAGAUAGCUGUUAAAAUCUUACUACUCAGAGUUUUGAGUAGUUCUGUCUGUCCUGCUUUGUUUUUGUUAACUUACGUUGACUUUUAAUUGCAGGCUAUUUAUAUUCAUAUAUGAUAAAGCAGGGCAAAAGAUCGUGUCUCGUAAUAAAAGAUAGGCUUACCGUUUCAUGAUGAGAAAUGAUGAGCUAUUCUUUAAAUUCGAUUGCUGUAUUGUGCAUUGUUCUAAAAAAUAGCCUAAUAAUUGAAACAUUUCCAAAUUAGUUGUUGUUAAAGUGCUAAAAGUCUAUUCAAAUGUUUAUUCAAGUGUUUUCAAUGCCGUGAUGUUCACACGGUAUUAUGCUCUGAGCAUGAUCGUUCAUGUUUACUGCAUUUCAGUGUAUAUAUCUUUACAUUCCUGUAUCUUUAAUAUAAUCUAUCACAUUUUGCAUUAUUAAAAACAAUAAUGUUUUUGCUGUAUUUUGUGUUAAAAAAUAAAUAAAUAAUUGGAACAUUUCCAA